CAUACGCUUACAGUGGUAUCCAGAGCUAGGUUUCUGAACCUGGGAAGUAUCGUUCUCUGCGAAGAAUUUGUGCAGUGAAGAAAGGCUUCACGUUGAAAGGAUGGCGGGGAUGAUCCAGAGUAAUCUACCCAUAUUUGACGGAAAGAACUUCGAAGAUUGGUGCGUCAAGAUGGAUGCUAUACUUGGUUUCCAGGAGAUCGAUGAGAUUGUGAAGAUUGGGUUUAAAGAACCCACAAAGAACGCUACAGACGAAGAAAAGAAGGCGUACAAAGAGAAUAGAAAGCUAGAUUGCAAAGCACGCAUGAUAUUGCAUCAAUGCAUCUCGGCAGCGAUUUUUCAGAAAGUGUCAAAGGCGACAACGGCUAAAGAAACAUGGGAGAUCCUACAAGAUAGGUAUGGAACUGCUGGAAAUAUGAAAGAAAUUAAGCUACAGUCACUGCGACGACAGUAUGAGCUUUUAAACAUGGGUAAACAAGAAACUAUUGAAGGUUACAUCGGCAGAAUCCAAGUGGUUGUCAAUGCAAUGCGUGCAUGUGACAAGGUUGUCAAGGACAAGAAGAUCGUCCAUAAAAUCCUAAGGACUCCCACGCCUCAAUACGACCACAUUGUCGUAGCCAUUCUGGAAAGCAGAGACUUGGAAAAACUGAAGGUCGAAGAGUUGCAAAACUCUCUUGAANUACAUGAGCAACGUUUGUUGGAGAGAAAAGCCGCAGAACAAGAGACUACUCGGAAUAUUAAUCAAGCCCUACAAGCCAAGACCUUCAAGAAUCGUGGAACGGGCAGAGGCAGAGGUAGGUCUCGUGGCGGUCGAGGAGGCAGAAAUGGUGGGAGAUGCAAUUCAGAGCAAAGCAAAGGUAAUGAAGGCAAUGAACAAGGCAAUGGCAG